AUGGCGGUGGACAUAGCUGCUGCUACAUUUGGAACAAAAAGUUCUUAUUACAAUAAGAAAAACAAACACUUGUUGCCUCUUGCUUUCUACCCAAAAGCCUAUUAUCUCAUCAUUAGGUUUCCUAAUUCAAUUUGGAAUAUUUUUUACCGUUUGAUGAUUUUGGCAUUCAUCAUCUCUUCCUUCACAUUGAUAAGUUCAUCAUUGGUUGCAACAAACUCUAACGAUUCGACAACCUCGACUAUUCCCCAACAACAACAACAACAAUCCAUGCCUCAUGAAGACAUGGAUCACCUAUUAACACUUCUCUUCCGUGACCUAACAAACGAAGGCCUCAUGAGUAAAACGCAGCACAAUAAGGCUGUUUUUCUGAGCAAUAAUGUAAACGACAUGAACAUUAACGGAGAAGGGUUUCAGGUUGUCACAGACUACAACAUGGACCACAUUUCCUUAAACGACUUGGAGAAACAGAGCACGAUACUCGACGACACGGUUGACUUUGUCUUCACAUCUAACUUCCCCGCAGCUUCGGAAUUCAUCGAAAGGACCCUAAAAAACGGCGGUGUCGUUACCGUGCUUCUAAACGACAACCCCUCAGCGUCGUUUUACAAACCGUCAAACUUCAAAAUCUCAUACAUGAGGCGGUUCGACCUAAUCGCAAUGGCGAUGAAGAAAACCGGCGAAACAAAACUCGGAUCGCAAAGAAAGCUAUGUGGUUACGCAACAGAAGCGAAGAAAGCUGCAUUGAAGAACCUCGAAGACGUGCUCCUUGAACCACCGCGUGCAGCCUCGGGGAAAUCUAGGGUUUACUUGAAGCGCACGAAGUACCUACCAGAUUUGAUGGGCGAUUCACUCGAGAGUUACCCUCGCCGUGUUUUCAUCGACGCGGGGUUGCCGGAGAAAGACGGAGGAAGCGGAACGGAUUGGUUUCCGAAGAAUUACCCGACGAGGAACAAGAAUUUCGAGAUUUACAAGAUAGAGACAGUGGGUGAGGGUUCCUCGGAGCAACAAACAGAGAUGUCGGAUUGGUUAAGGAAGAAUGUGAAGGAAGAAGAGUAUGUGGUUAUGAAAGGUGAAGCUGAAGUUGUGGAAGAGAUGAUGAGGAGCAAAGCCAUAACGUUGGUUGAUGAGCUUUUCUUGGAAUGCAAACCGCAAGGUUUGAAGAAAGGGAACAUGAGAAAUCGAAGGGCUUAUUGGGAAUGUUUGGCUUUGUAUGGAAAGUUAAGAGAUGAAGGUGUUGCAGUUCAUCAGUGGUGGGGUUAG